CGGUGCAACCGACUUGGCUGUUGCCUGUUGGCACUAAGAUUUACUUUACUGUUGGAAAAAUAUCCACGACCAAAUAUAUGUUCCGUAUAAAACCAAUCCUCUCUUUCUCUGUUACUGUUUCAGUUGAAGAAUGGCGAUUUAUUUUCUCUAUCUGAUCCUCUUACUACCCAGAUUCUUAAUAUUACCACCAACAAAUGCAACAGAUUUUGUAUUCAAUGGAUUCAAUUCUUCUGAUCUCAUACUCUUUGCUAACACAACUAUAGAAUCACCAAAUAUACUCUCUCUAACUGGUUCUUCAACUUACAGUAUGGGUAGAGCUUUAUACAAAUCAAAAAUCAAAACAAAAACAAAUACAUCAUCAAAAAAGCUUCUUCCUUUCUAUACUUCUUUUAUUUUUUCAAUGGCUCCACUCAAAAAUGAAGCAGGAGGAGGUCAUGGUCUUGUUUUUAUAUUCACUCCUUCAGCAAGUAUAGCAGGUGCAACAUCUUCUAACCAUCUUGGUCUGUUUAAUCUAACUAAUAAUGGUAAUCAAAAGAACCAUGUGUUUGGUAUUGAGUUUGACGUUUUUCAAAAUCAAGAAUUUAAUGAUAUUAAUAAUAAUCAUGUGGGUGUUGAUGUGAAUUCUCUUACCUCAACCUAUUCUCACCCAGCUGGAAUUUGGAAUGAAAAUGGUAAAGAUUUUGAUGAGUUGAAAUUGAAUAAUGCUGUGAAUUAUCAAGUUUGGGUUGAUUAUUUGAAUCCUCAACUUAAUGUUUCAAUGGGUGUUGCCGGAAAGAAAAGACCUUUGAAGAAUUUGAUUAGUAUGGAUUAUGAUCUUACAGAUGUUUUGCUUGAUGAAAUGUUUGUGGGUUUUACUGCUGCAACAGGGAGAUUAUUUCAAAAUCAUAGAAUUUUAGCAUGGAGUUUUAGUAAUUCUAAUUCUUCCAUAAGUGAAUUAUUGAUCAACACAAAUUUGCCUUCUUUUGUUGAACCUAAGAGUUCUGUUUUUAGAUCAGCAAGGUUUAUUGUUGGGAUUACAGUGUCAAGUAUGAUUGUCAUUGGUUUGGGUGCCGGAGUUUACGUGUUCUUAGCUAAGAGGAGACUGUUGUUGAAGAAGAAGAGAGAGGCAAUGGAAGAUUGGGAGUUAGAGUAUUGGCCACAUAGAAUUAAUUAUCAAGAUAUUGAGUCUGCAACAAAUUGUUUUAGUGAUGAAUUUGUGAUUGGGAUUGGAGGGAAUGGAAAGGUUUAUAAAGGGGUCAUGAUAGGUGGGAUUCAGGUUGCUGUGAAGCGAAUUUCACAUGAAAAUGAUCAAGGGAUCACGGAAUUUUUAGCUGAAGUUUCGAGCUUGGGCCGGUUACAGCACAGAAACUUAGUUGCAUUAAGAGGUUGGUGUAAAAGAGACAAAGGGAGUUUGAUUUUAGUUUAUGAUUAUAUGGAAAAUGGGAGUUUAGACAAAAGAGUAUUUGAAUGUGAAGACAGUCUUUUGUUGAGUUGGGAAGAGAGAAUGAGAGUCUUAAAAGAUGUUGCAGCUGGAAUUCUAUACUUGCAUGAGGGAUGGGAAUCAAGAGUUCUACAUAGAGAUAUAAAGGCUAGUAAUGUAUUGCUUGACAAGGAAAUGAAUGGAAACUUAGGUGACUUUGGGUUAGCUCGAAUGCAUGGGCACGGACAUCAGGCAGCCAGCACAACUAGGGUUAUUGGCACAGUAGGAUAUAUGGCACCUGAAGUGAUUCGAACUGGGCGGGCUUCUGCCCAAACAGAUGUUUUUGGGUUUGGUAUUCUAAUUCUAGAGGUUGUUUGUGGACGAAGACCGAUUGAGGAUGGGAAAGUUCCUUUGGUUGAUUGGAUUUGGGGUUUGAUGGAGAAAGGUGAACUGUUGUCUGCAUUAGAUGCUCGGUUAAAGGCAAAAGGUGGUUUCGACGGUGAUGAGGUCGAGCGGAUUCUUCACUUGGCGUUGUUGUGUGCAUACCCUGAUCUGUCAGUUCGACCCACAAUGAGGCAAGUUUUGAAGCUUUUGGAAGGAGAACAUGUUGCAUAUGAAUUGGAUGAAGAAGGAACGGAGGUUUGUUUGCUUGAUAAGAUGAAAUCAACUGCAAUGUGGUCUAACUAUCUACUUAGAUCAUCUUACGGAGGACAUCCAACUUUUGAGCAGCUUCGAGAUUCACUCUCAUCUUCGGUGUCUCUCACUGCUUCAGAUAUCAUUACCGAGGGCCGAUGAUAAGUGGGUUUGGCACUACUUAACAUAAAUUUUACCCCAAAAUCAAUUGAUUAAAGGAGAGUUAUAAUAAAUAGAGAAAAAGUAGUACUACAUAAAAAUAGAGGAGCACUCUAAUAGUUGUGAGUAUUGCAUUUUCGUUCUUAACGAUAUUUUAUUGAAUUGUUUGUUUAAAAAAUAUGUAGGAUAGUGUACAUAGAAUUAAAGAUGAGAUCAAAGUAUGUUUCAGGUAUAUAUGUUUUUUGUUGUCA